GGAGGCCGAGGGCCGGGCCGCUGCGAGCACCUCCCAUUGGCCGCCGAGCCGGCUCGGCGUUCAUUGGCGGAGGCGCUCGGCUGCGGCUCUUGGAGAGUCCCCAUUGGCGCUGCGUUCCACGGACUGUAGCGAGGCGGCCCGGCCUCCGCAAGCUACCCCGGCCUGGACUGCAAAGAGCCAGGUGUUGCCCUGACAUCCACCCCUGCUUUCCAAGGCCAUUUGCUACCCCCACCAUGGACUUCUUGUUGAGUGGUCUGGCAGCCUGCGGGGCCUGUGUGUUCACCAAUCCCCUGGAGGUUGUAAAGACCAGAAUGCAAUUGCAAGGAGAGCUGAAGGCCCCAGGAACCUACCAGCGCCACUACCGAAACGUCUUCCAUGCCUUCUUCACCAUUGGCAAGGUGGACGGCCUGGCUGCCUUGCAGAAGGGCCUGGCCCCUGCGCUCUUGUACCAGUUCCUGAUGAAUGGCAUCCGACUGGGCACCUACGGGCUGGCGGAGGCUAGGGGAUACCUGCACACUCAUGAAGGUGUCCUCAGUCCUGUGCGCAGCGCUGCAGCUGGGGCCCUCGCUGGGGUCAUGGGAGCCUAUCUGGGAAGCCCAAUCUACAUGGUGAAGACACACCUCCAGGCACAGGCAGCCUCUGAAAUCGCUGUAGGGCACCAGUAUAAGCAUGAGGGCAUGUUUCAUGCACUAACCAAGAUUGGCCAGAAACAUGGUCUGGUGGGGCUGUGGCGUGGGGCCGUGGGCGGCCUGCCCAGAGUUGUCAUCGGCUCUUCUACCCAGCUGUGCACCUUCUCAUCCACCAAGGACCUCUUGAUUCAGUGGGAGAUCUUUCCUCCCCAGAGCUGGAAGGUGGCUCUGGCGGCUGCCAUGGUGAGUGGCGUCGCAGUAGUCACGGCCAUGACACCCUUUGAUGUGGCCAGCACAAGGCUCUAUAACCAACCCACUGAUACUCAUGGCAAGGGCCUCAUGUACCGGGGGAUCUUCGACGCUCUGCUGCAGACAGCUCGGAAAGAGGGCCUUUUUGGCAUGUACAAGGGUAUAGGUGCCUCCUAUUUUCGCCUUGGCCCCCACACUAUCCUCUCUCUCUUCUUCUGGGAUCAGCUGCGCGUCUUCUACAACACAUACGCCAAAUGAGCCGCUCUCCUGUACUCCAAAUCAACACUCCACUACUUACUCUCUCAGUGAUGAUUUCCUGAGCCACUGACCCUCAUCCGCCUAAGGGGGACAGCCAUGACCGCUCCUCUGCUCUCUUAGGGUUGAAUCACUAAUCUGAUUCUGAACAGUAAUGUAUGUCCUUCCCUUGGAUAUUGCUUUACAUUUUCCAAGCCCCCCUUCACACCCAUCUCAGGGUUGAAUCAGGUACCCCAAAGUAUAUUUCUACUGCCAUUCUUGGGUCCCUCCUGCUCCUGCGCACAGCUUUAAAGUCCCCCUUCCAAGACCAGGGGGGAGACCCAGGUGUCCUCUUAAAUUCAAAGCCACAGAAACUGUGUUGUUUAUAAAGCAAGUUUAUUUCUGCA